UGAAAAUCUGAGAACAUUCACCAGACCGGAAAAAAACAAAUGGAUCGAAAGCAGAAUCUUAUACUGCGAGUUUAUACAAAAGAUCAAAGACACUAUAAUAGCACUCAAUGAAGCACCUGAAUCUGAGAAAAACUUAGGGGAGUUGUCAGAUGAUAAGAAAUGAUGAAGAACGUAUCUUCUUCGUUGGAGGGUCCCCCUAGUCACAGUGCCCACAAUUUUACUAUGUCGGACUACGGGUACAUCGUCAUCACGGCGCUGUUGACGCCCUCUGUCCUGUCUUUCAGCACUCUGGUGAUCGGAGUCAUACGGAAAUUCAAACGCCUUCAGACGCCUACUAACUUCUUCAUUGCAUCGCUGGCUUCCGCAGACAUUUUGGUGGCUCUGAUGAUUCCCGUUUUUACUACCUCUUUACUCCUGCCGGCGAACUUAUACCACGAUCUCGUCUGCUCGAUCCCUAAUCGUCUGCUGAUCUUGUCCUGUGGUGCGUCCAUCCUCUCUCUAGCUGCAGUGGCCUUUGACCGCUACAUUGCUUUGACGAAUUCUCUGGAAUAUGUUCAGAUCAUGACAAAGAGAAAGACUUACGUUCUUAUAGUGUCUGCUUGGAUCUAUUCAGCUUUGAUUGUAUCUCUUCCAAUGUCAUUCACUAAAGGCCAUUCUGUUCGAAAGAAUUGCGGGUUCGGACAUAUUCACCCUCGGGGUCAUUUGCUCUUUGCAAGUAUGCUGUUUUUCCCGGCAUGUGUGCUGAUAUUUUUCUGUUACUAUAAAAUAUUUACAAUUGCUAAACAUCAAAGUAGAGCUAUUUAUGACCAAGAACAGUCCAUAGCAAAUGCAAUUCAUAUGAGAUACGUGAACCGAGACUGCAAAUACGCCAAGACAUUGGCUAUUCUUAUACUGGUUUUUAUCGUUUUCUGGUUCCCAUUUCAGUUUACACUUCUCCUGAUUGCUCUGACGGAUAUUCAGGUUUGUGACGAAGUUUUAAAUUACCUUUUGUAUCUCGCAGCAUUCAACAGUGUGAUGAACCCAUGGCUGUAUGCCUACAAGAACACGCAUAUUCGGUCUGCCUUCAGGAAAAUAUCUUCCACAGUGACUUCUGCAUUCAAGCAGACUACCCGCCAUUUAUCCACGACCAGUCCAAACGAACCUUCUCUGUCGUCUGAUUACAAACUGAACCAGACAGACAGCAGAAUGGAACAGGUGGACAUCAAGCACCAGCUCGAGCUCAACUCCGACAUGUUUGCAGACGAGUGUUGGGCAUACGAACCCAAGAAAAUGUCCGUGCAUUCCGUAGGAUCUACCAUAACCCAUAAUGGACGAAAAAUAGUUGUUCCCAGUUUGGUUAUAGAAGACAUGGAGGGGAGUUCGGACCUCAAUUUGCCGAAAAUAGAAUCGACAACGUCUAUGGAGGACCAAAAUACUGAUCUUAUGAUUCAUAUGUAGUAACUAGUUUGUUUCGGGAUUCAUUUCACGUGUAGGUGUAACAGAAAAAUGUGCCAAUCCUUGCUGUCCAUGUAAGUCGUGUUAUAAACAGGAUGCCAGUAAUCUUUCCAUUAAUAUUGUGGAAGUCAAACACUGAUCGUGAACCAGCUUUGAUUCGUAUUGGUUUAUUCUGUAAUUGACUUACCAAUCAGAGUAGUCUAUCAAGGCAAUGCUUUUAUGAUUACAUGCAAUCUUUUUACGUUAAAGAAACACUUUCAUCUUCCCUGUGAUAGCAAAAUGGAUGCUUUUAUGUAUACAUGUAGAAAUUGCAAAGAUGAUAUGUAUUUUAUUAAGAUGAAUAGAAAACAAAAUAAAUUGUUGAAUAUA